AUGGAGAAAGAUCUGACGGUCAGAUCACGCUGUAGAGGCUGUACAGGCACCGCGCGACCACCGCGAGGAGGAAUGUCCGCCAGCAGUGCCUCCUGCUGCUGCAGCAACGCCAUGCUUGCACCAACUCUUCCCUCGUUGUUUCUCUCCAAACGAUGCCCAUGCGCAGCAGUAGCCACUCAACGAAUAUGCAGGCGUCUCCAGCAUCAAUCUCACACCUACGUCAAGCACCGCCGCGAGUGUCCCGAGUCCACAAGGAUGGAGAAAGCAGCGGCGAAGAGGCAGCGAAGCAUUGCGCUGGCGACUGGCUUGUCGAGACUCGCCACCGCCUCAGCACCUUCGAGCAUGCAGACAUCCAACCCACCUCUCCCGCGAGGAUUCACCAUCACAAUGAACGCCUUCUCGAGCUCAACAACACGUACGGCAUGCCUUCGAAGCUACUGCACAAGCUGGAGGCACGAGAAGCCAGGCAGAGUACCACCAAAGCACGCCGCCUUCUGCUCGAGAUCACCGGCUCCUCCGCCCCCAACGGCGGCGUCUCGAGGAUGGCACUGCGCAACAAAGGAUCACGCUUCUGAAGACUCCAGCGAAUCUGCCGAAGCAAGGGGCUAUGGAGACAUCGUUCUCAUCAGCCGCCGCACUUCCACUACAAUGCUCGAACGUAUCACCCACGGCCUCGAUGGCACGGCCGAAAGAUCGAUACCCGCGCCGCAAACCCAAACCACCUCCUAUCCACAUCCCCCUCUCCCUGAGCAUCGAAAGAAGGGCAACAAGAUGACACCCCUCCGCGAAGCAACCUCGCCGAAGACACAUACGCAGGAGAUUGGACUAAAAGAAGAAGACUUUGCCGCAGAGCGAGCAAGCAUUGAGGAAGGAGGGAGAGAAGAGAAUGGCCGCAAUUCGCCCAACAUUCCCUUGUAG